CCCUUAUUGUGUUCCUUGCUAUUUCAGUCUUUCUUUUUUAGUGUUAUCAUCUUGUUGAGUAUAUUCAGGGAAACCUUGGAAAUUUCAGAUGAGAAUUAUGUUGCAAAAUAAUUGUCCAAAAGCUUUAGAUAUAAUAUUGGGAUCGUGUUUCUUGCUAUUUUAGCCUCUCUUUAGUGUUAUCUUCGUUGAGUUACUGUUGUUGGGAAUUCAGAUGAGAAUUAAGUUCCAAAAUAACAGUCCAAAAGGUGUAGAUAUAAUAUUGGAGGAUCAUGUAUAGUGCUAAUUGGACUGGUUUAGGAUUGGCUGUGGGGUCUAGUGCUUUUAUUGGGUCCAGUUUUAUCAUCAAGAAAAAGGGUCUUCAGAAAGCAGGGGCAUCUGGUACUAGGGCCAGUGUUCGACUGUAAAAUAAGAUCAACGGUGUAAUGCUUCCAGCAAAUGCAGAGUCACAGCUCGGGCGGAUAUGGUUAUUUACGGGAGCCUCUUUGGUGGAUUGGGAUGGUAACUAUGAUUGUUGGAGAAUUUGCAAAUUUCGUGGCUUACAUUUAUGCGCCAGCAGUUCUUGUGACACCGCUUGGAGCUUUAAGUAUAAUUGUUAGUGCUGUUCUAGCACAUUUCUUACUGAAGGAAAAAUUGAAGAAACUGGGAGUAUUAGGAUGUGUUUUAUGUAUAGUAGGUUCUGUUGUCAUUGUUCUUCAUGCACCUGGUGAACAUGAACUUAAUUCAGUGGAUGAAAUAUGGGCACUAGCUACACAACCAGCUUUACUUUUGUACACUGCCUCAGCAGUUGCAAUAGCAUUGGUACUAGUCUUGUAUUGUGAGCCUCGCUAUGGUCAGACAAAUAUUAUGGUCUAUAUUGGUGUUUGCUCCAUCAUUGGGUCCUUGACGGUUAUGAGCAUCAAAGCUAUCGGCAUAGCUAUAAAGCUUACAUUGGAGGGUUCAAACCAAGCUGCACAUUUUCAAACUUGGGUGUUUGUGAUGGUUUCUGUUACAUGUAUAAUUACUCAACUAAAUUACUUAAAUAAGGCAUUGGACACGUUUAACACAGCUGUGGUUUCUCCAAUAUAUUAUGGCAUGUUCACAUCACUUACAAUUUUAGCCAGUGCCAUAAUGUUUAAGGAUUGGUCUGGUCAGAGUGCUAGCAGCAUCGUUUCAGUGCUUUGUGGCUUUUUAACUGUGCUCUCAGGUACAAUGGUUCUUCAUGGUACAAGAGAUCCAGAUCCUUCUCCUAGUACAGAUUUGUAUGCGCAACUUUCCCCUCAAAUAUCAUGGUUGGUACAUGCCAAUGGAGAAAUAUGGAAGCAGAAAGAGGACGGUUUGCAUUCAGAAUUUGUUGCAAUAAUUAGGCAGGAUCAUUUCAAGUAGGGGAAAAAGAGAACUCAGAUUAUUGGUUGGAGGCACUUCUCUAUGGCUGUUCAAUUUUCCUCCAAACAAACUUCGUCAUGCCAGAUUUUGGAUGUACCAAUCAGCUCCCCUUUGUCAGUUUCAGCUUGAGAAUGUUCUCGGUUUUUCUUCUCUAGGUCAGAUGUCUGAUAUCUGUUGAUUAUUCUUGUCCAUAUUUAGACUCAAUUUUUUCGGCCUAGAUUGUAGAUUUCUGGGUUUGGUGGGUGCCUAGAUGUAGUAUAGCGGGUAAAAAAUGGUGGUAUUUAUUCGAUGAGAUUGUUCUGUUUGUGAAGAACAGUUUUUACAGUCAUGAACAAGGCAAUGAUAGUUUGAACUCAACUUUUUUUAA